AUGGAUAAUAACAACAAUAAUGGUGGUACAACUCCUACUACUACUACAACUACAACUACAACUUCUACAACAACAACUAAAAGAGUAGCAAAGUUAUGUGAAUUAUGUAAAGUACAGAGACCAGUUUUAAAGAGACCAAAGACAGGUCAGAUGAUCUGCAAGGAAUGUUUCUAUCAGAUAUUCGAAGAUGAAAUACAUAAUACUAUCAUAUCGAAUAACCUCUUUCAAAGAGGUGAUCGUGUUGCAAUAGGUGCAUCGGGUGGAAAGGAUUCAACCGUAUUGGCAGAGAUCAUGACUACACUCAAUAAAAGACAUGACUAUGGUUUAGAUCUAUUCCUAUUAUCAAUCGAUGAAGGUAUUACUGGUUAUAGAGAUGAUUCAUUAGAAACUGUUAAAAGAAAUCAACAACAAUAUCAAAUACCUUUAAAGAUUCUAUCGUACAAGGAAUUGUAUAAUUGGACAAUGGAUGAGAUUGUUGCAGAGAUUGGAUUAAAAAAUAAUUGUACCUUUUGUGGAGUAUUUAGAAGACAGGCCCUUGAUAGAGGUGCUGUUUUAUUAGGUGCAAACAAGAUUGUAACUGGUCAUAAUGCUGAUGAUAUAGCUGAAACUGUACUUAUGAAUUUGUUAAGAGGAGAUAUACCAAGAUUACAAAGAUGUAUAAAUAUAGUAACUGGUAGUGAAGGAGCAUUACCAAGAUCAAAGCCAUUCAAAUAUACCUAUCAAAAGGAGAUUGUAAUGUAUGCCUAUUUCAAGAAAUUGGAUUAUUUCACAACCGAGUGUAUCUAUGCACCCAAUGCCUAUCGUGGACAUGCUCGUGACUUUUUAAAGGAUCUCGAAGCAGUUCGUCCAUCUAUUAUUAUCGAUAUUAUUCAAUCGGCUGAAAACUUUCACUUUAGAGACGAGAUCAAGAUGCCAGUUCAACGAAACUGUAAUCUAUGUGGUUACAUUUGUUCAAAUGAAAUCUGUAUGGCAUGCGACUUUUUAAAGAAUCUAAACUCUGGUAAAGCAAAAUAUGCUUUAAAUUCAAAUUCUUUAAAGAAUUAUAACAAAUCUUCAAAUAACAAUAAUGAUAAUGGAACAACGAUACCAGAUACCACUCCAACCAAUAUAUCUGCAAUUGGAUUUGAUCAUCCACUUCAACAACAACAACAACAACAACAACAAUCCUCGUCAACUACAUCAAACAGUUAG